UCUACCUGGUGAAGGUGGAUUAUAUUUACUUCAAUUGUAACUCUCUUUUUCCCCUUAAAUUGUGAUUAACUGUCAAAUUGUUUCUCCUCCUGUUGUGGGCUGGAUGGUGAUACGAAGUGGGAACAUGUUACUCGUUGGUGUAGGAAAGAAACUCAGAUUUGGUCCACCGAGUUUCAGUUUGUAACGUAAUAGAAAUUGAAUAAUUCUGAUUGCUACCUCAAGAUUCAUCAAGGUUUCUAUCAUGUGUCAAGUUACCUUUGUUUCUUUUGUUAAAUUGAUGAAUGAAAAAGGAAAACAAAUCAUCAUCUUUGAUAAUUUGGUUGAAGCGUCAGAACAACAAUUAAGUUUAAUCUCCAUGUGUUGAAGGUUCUUUUCCUUAACAAUGUUUUCCUUUUAACCCAUAGAAUUGAAUUGAUUGAAAAUCUCAAGUAAUUCAUCAUAUUUAUCAUUUCUACGGAGUUUUAAUGAGAUUGAGAAAAGAAUUUCAAAUUUGUAAUAAACAAGUUCGAGGUUCUUUCGAUUAGACAAAAUGUUCAUUUCUCUAGGCUGAAAAUUGAAAGAAAAAAGUUCCAUCUUUUGUUAAUCCGAUUCAAUGGACUAGACGGAAAGAAAACUGGUUGGUCAUUAGGGUCAAGUGAACUCAUCCCUAAGGUUGGACUGGUCAGUUCUCAUCUACGUGACCAGGAUCAGUUGAUUUAUUUACGGAAAUACAAUGACAGAGAAUCAGAAAAACCCGGAAGAAGAUAAAUUAACAUCGGUUUCCAUGGUUCCAAUGUUUUCUUAUGAAAUCAAAACAAGAAGCCGGUUGUUGAUCAGAUCAUUGAUCCAUUUGUAUAGUUGUUUCAUGCUAACUGUUGAAUCAACAUGACAAUUAAUAGUAACACAAUAAUAAGAAUCACGAAUAGUUGAUUAGUUGAAUUUAAUUGUGUCUACAUUUUAACCAUUCAAAUCGACAACACGAUCAGUGCAACAUCAACAAAUGAAGUUUCAACCCAAACCAAUGGAGCCCUUAGAGAAAAGGUUAGCAAGUUGUAUCAGUGAAAUUAAGAAUCUUAUUUGUUCAACAACAAGUGAAUCAAUCAAAUCUAAAGACACUAAUCGGUUACUUGGAUCAUCGGUUUACAAUCAAGAUAUUAAAGAUAAUGGAAUUGAUUGGAGAACAAUUUUAAUUAAAUUGUAUGAAGAAUUGCGAAAAACUCAGGAAAAAGAUGAAGAGGAGGAAGACGAAGAUGAGAAAGUUAAUUGUAUCUACACAGUUGAUUCCAUUGGAACGUUAAUCACCAUGAUUAAAGAUCAAUUGAAAAAGACAUUACAAUCAAGCUCAACACAAAGUGAUGACAAUUUGAUUGUUGAUUCAACAAUUGAAUCAAAAACUAGUGUUGGUGUUGACAAUUAUUCAUUAACUUUGACCCAGGACAAUGUUGAGAUUAAUGAAAUUUGGGAAACUUUGGUUCAAUCAUUGAAGGAUUUACUAAUUGAUCAAUUGAUUGUAUCAGAGAUUGACAAUCAACUGGAUAAGGAGGCUUUUUAUCAUGAGAUGAUUUUACUUGACAAUUUAUCUGAUUCAUCAGCAACAACAUCAACUAAAUCAAUGAGAUCAGAUGAAAAUGAGCUGUUCAACAUUUACGAUUCAAUUAGGACUCAACGAAUUGAUAAACAAUUAGCCAAACAAUCAAAUAAUAGCAGUGAUAAUUUAGAGACAAUUGUCAAAUGUAUUAAGCAAUGGGUUACAUUUGAUUUACAAUUAGUUGAUGGUUACCAUUUAUUUCACAAUCAAGUAACUUUCCACCAAAUAGUUACACCUUAUAUAAUUUUGAUGAGAAAUUUAAUCGUCAAAAAAUCACCAUCAUCAUCACCAUUAAAUCAUCAUCAUCAUCAUUCAUCACAAUCGAUAACCGAUAAACCAAUGAACAUAAUCAAAACAAUUAGUUUACUCCAAGAUCUUGAUUGUUUCCUAACAGAACGAGAUAUUCAUUUACCAUCGGAAAAUAUGUCACCAUCCAAGGAUAUUCACGAUAUUUGGGAUUGGCGUGGUUACUUAAUUGCUCAGGGUGUUGACAAUUUACUUUUACGUUUUCUCAAUCAAGGUCUUAAUGAUUUAAUGGCCUCUUCCUCGUCUUUACCAUCAAACGAUUCCAAAAAUGUAAAUGAUGAAAGGAAACCAUCAAAAAUAGACCAACAAUUAAUAUCUCCAACAAUCAAUGAGAUGGACAAUGUUUUGUCAACAAUUUACCAGAUAUUUAACUUCCUUGAUUAUUUUGGAUCAAUUGAAUUAGCUGAAUUUAAGGUUUCAGCGAAAGUGAUAGUUAAUGUUACGAUUGUUGACUUUCUGUUGAAAACGUCGGAAAUUUGGUUCGAGGAGAAAUCGCUUCCAAUUGAAUCGUAUUAUACUCUGUACAAUUCAUUCCUGUUUUCUCAGCGCAAAUUAAAUCAACACGGAUUAGCUAAUGAUAAGAUUAACAGUGUCACCCAAUCGCUCAGGUGUAAAAUUGUCUCAUCUCAUUUGUCGUUACUUUUGUUUUCUUACAAAAGUUUGGAUUACAUUAUAAUCUACAUGAAGAAAUUGUCGAUGACCAUGUUGAAUUUGAUUCCAUAUGAAGUUCAGGAUGAUUCUCAUAUUUUUGUGUCCAUCUUGACCCUUUACAUGGUCCAUUUGGUCAAGAUUAAAAUUGAAUUGGCUGAUUGUUUGAUUAUCUGUUCCAAUAUAAUUGAUUUACUUCAACCAUUUGCAGUUAAUUACGAGAAACUUUUUUAUAAAAGUUUUCGUGAGAUUCAUUCAUGUUGUUGGCUUUUAAUUGUUCGAGCAAUUUUUAAUCAUGCACCGAUUUCCCUUCUUAAUCAAGAAUUGUCAUCACCAGAAGAGCUUAAUGGUAAUGGUCAUGUUAAUUGUUCCAAUGGUGUUAAAACUGUUACAGUUAAACCAAAGUCAACAGUUAAAUCACAUCAACAACUGACUAGUAAAUUAGAUAAUCAAUCAACUGCUUCCAAUGGUUUAUUGUCAUCGUGCUCAUCUAAUCAUUGGUCAAAUAUUUUCGAUUGUUCCAUUGAACCGAUUGUCAGGCCAUCUAAUGCUUUUCUUAUAUCACUUCAACGUAAACGACCAUCAUGGUCGGUGAUCAUCAGGCCAUUUCUUGAAUCCCGUUUGUCUUUUUCAAUCAAUAUCUUCAAUCAUAUCCAAGUGACCACUGAAAAUGAACAGAAAGCAAUCAAUUUAUUAGCAAAUAUAAUCACGAUUGCGAAUCUUAAUGAGUCCAGGGAAAAGAGUGUCACUUACCUUUUAUCACCGAUCAUUCAAAGAAAUGAGGAUUGGCGUUGGUUGGACAUUUCCAAAAUCUCGGUCAAACCAAAACCCUGGUGGUUUCAAUCAUUGCACCAAGUGAUUGAUUCAACGGUCUCACAAUUUGUCCAGGCCGUUUUAAUCCCGAUCGCUUAUCGGUUCCUUUUAAAAUCAUCAAGAUACAAAUCAUUUUAUGACGAAGCCGAUUUACAUGAUAGAUAUGCUGAAUAUGAUGAAACCUUUUUAAUUGACGAAGCAAGUAAAUCAUUAUUAUCAACAAUUCCAACAAUUAUGGAAACACUUCCAUUACCGUUGAUUGCCAGUCUAGAAGAUUUAAAAAAUAUUAAAUUAAUCACAAUUAAGACUCUUUACAAUUCAUUAACUGCUCAGAUCAUUUUUGGUUCCAUUCUUCGUUGUUUAACUGAAUCAAAAUUGAUUAAUGAAACACUUUCCUCCAAUGGUAUUGCUUUUGCUUCCCGAAUAGCAGAUAAAUUGGAGCAAAUGGUGAUCACUGAGGGUAAAUGGCCAACGAUGAUUAAGUUAAUUACUUCAAUUGUUAAUCGUCGACUUUCAUCUAAAACCAAUUAUGUUGUUGCCUCUGAAUCAGAUCAAUUUGAUUUGAUUGGUUCCCUAAUUGCCCUGGAACCAUCUCUUCAGUUAAUUGUUGAUAAUUUGUACAAUUUUCUAGUCUCCAAUUCAUCUUUGCUAAAAAAUGGUCACCUAAGUAAAGAUCAACAAUUUAAUAUUGAUUGUAUAUCAACAACAACAACAACAACAUCAUCAUCAGCUGAUUCACCAAUACAAUCAUUAACUUACAAUAUUCUUGAUCAUUGUGAGACAAUUAAACGACCCAAAGUUGAUUGUAUCACCGAUGACAAAUGGUUGUCAUUAAUUAACCGAGUUAAAUCUAAAUUGUCACAUCUCUCAAUUGGACAGAUACUUUCUGAACGAAAUGAUUUACGUCACAGUGAUUUAAAUGAUUCGCUGGGAAAAUUAUCUGUUUACCUAUGAAGAGAAAGAAAAAUUAACAAUAGUAGAGAAAAAAAAACACGUUAAUCAAUUGUUAACAAUAAACAAUUUGUUAAACUUUUCAA